AUGGUGAUUGUCCACAGUCUGAAUUAUGGAACAGUUUUGAUUCAAAAUGAAAAGGGAGGACAAAUACAAACAAAAGUAAUUCAUUUGAUAAAUUUAAGGAAAUAUUCUUUUCAUAACCUUUUUAGCAGAUCCCUUAAGUGGCCAUUGCACUUCUUAAUGGUCAUGGAGAUAUAUUUGCAGAAAUUCACAAUAUAAAUCAAGAAGGUACAUGAGUAUCUAUAUAAAAUAAGGAUUUUCAUUACAAAUGAUGGCAUCAAAUGAGAUUGAGGCAGAAUUUGCCUAUUUAGCCAUAGAAAAUGAUGAGAACUAUCAAAUUGAAUGUUUUAACCGCAUUGAUGUUGGAAAUGAGAUUCAAUUUCCUCUAAUUAUCUAGAGACCAACAUUUAUUGGUGUUUUAGCUACUAAUACUCAUGCAAAUAAUUUCAAUAUUGGUAUUCAUUGAUUUCAUUGGCAAAGAUUUACUUGAUGGUAAUCUCAUUGUUGAUAAUGAUGGAUAAUUGAACAUGUGUAUAAUUAUAACAAAUGAGGAACAACCUAUCGAAUUGAUUGGAUAUUAGAAUUACCAAGAACAAGAAGUUGCUGAAUUUCAUUCAUUUAAAAAAUAGAAUGCCAUGUAACUCUUUUAUAAUUAAUUCAUCUUAGGAGCUUAGUAUAAGCUCAGCAAUCCCUUGAAAUAACACAUUUAGAUUAACAUAAAUCUUUUGAAAUUUGGCACCAUUAAUCUAUUGAAAUUAUUAAGGAUUCCUCUAAUGAAGUAAAUUAAACUCAUAAAUCAAUUGAAAUUGUGAGUGAAGAUUAACCUAAUUAAACAUAAUUCAAAUAAUAAGAAUCAAUAGAAAUAUUUAAAUUGGAUGAUUAAGAAUCAUAAUCAAAUAUUGAUUAGAAAUUAAUUGCUGAAGAUAUUAAUCUAGACAAUAUUGAUGAUAAUCUUGAUUCUAAUAAUAAUUAAUUAGAAGAUAUUAAAUUAGAAGAUUCUUCAAAUGUUGAUUAAUUGACCUAACAGUAAACAACUGAAGAUGCAUCUAAUUAAUUAGAAGAUAUCACAUUAGAUAUUGAAUCUGAAUAACAAAAUUUAUAAUCUGAAACUAUAACUCUUGAUGAUUAGUAAUAAUCUAAUGAAUAAUCUUAAUAACAACUAGAAAAUAAUUAAUAAGAAUAGAUCGAAGAUGUGAAAUUAGUAACUGAAGAAUUGAUAAAUAAUGAAAAUUCAUAAGAAAUUAAGUUGACUACUGAUGAGGUUCAAAUCAUAGAACCAAAAAAUGAAUCAUUAUAAAACUCAGAAGAAUAAUAAUCAGUUAUUGAUAAUCAAUAAGUUGAUUAAGUAUAAACAGAAUAAAUUGAUUAAUAAAAUUAAGAUUAAGAUAUUUCUAAUUUAUCAUCUGAGGUUGUGAUCAAUAAUAAUGAUUAAGUACUCUAAUAAGAGGAUGUUACAUUUGAUAGUUUUGAUAAUGAUAAUGUAAAUUAAUAGGAGGAAUCACAAUAAGAAAUCUAAACUGAAGAUAUAAAAUUAGAUGAUACUACUAUUUCUUCAAUUAAUGCUGAAGAUAUUCCUCAAUAAUAGGAUGCUAUAGACAUCCAAAAUGAUUAAUUAUCUACUUAAUAAGAAGUUUAACCAAUUGAGGACACUACAUCAACUGACGAUGUUGUUGUUCAUGCAGAUGAAGUUAAAAUUGAAAAUGUGAAGAUUUCAGAAGCAAAUUUGGAUGACAUAAGUACAGAUUAAUAAGUAUAAGAGGAUAAUUCAGAAUAGAUAUAAGAGGAUAAUACAGAAUAAAUAGUAUAAGAUAAUACAGAAUAAACAUAAUAAGAUAAUACAGAAUAAAUAGUAUUAGAUAAUACAGAAUAGUUAUAAUAAGAUAACACAGAAUAAAUAUAAUAAGAUAAUACAGAAUAGUUAUAANGGCACCAUUAAUCUAUUGAAAUUAUUAAGGAUUCCUCUAAUGAAGUAAAUUAAACUCAUAAAUCAAUUGAAAUUGUGAGUGAAGAUUAACCUAAUUAAACAUAAUUCAAAUAAUAAGAAUCAAUAGAAAUAUUUAAAUUGGAUGAUUAAGAAUCAUAAUCAAAUAUUGAUUAGAAAUUAAUUGCUGAAGAUAUUAAUCUAGACAAUAUUGAUGAUAAUCUUGAUUCUAAUAAUAAUUAAUUAGAAGAUAUUAAAUUAGAAGAUUCUUCAAAUGUUGAUUAAUUGACCUAACAGUAAACAACUGAAGAUGCAUCUAAUUAAUUAGAAGAUAUCACAUUAGAUAUUGAAUCUGAAUAACAAAAUUUAUAAUCUGAAACUAUAACUCUUGAUGAUUAGUAAUAAUCUAAUGAAUAAUCUUAAUAACAACUAGAAAAUAAUUAAUAAGAAUAGAUCGAAGAUGUGAAAUUAGUAACUGAAGAAUUGAUAAAUAAUGAAAAUUCAUAAGAAAUUAAGUUGACUACUGAUGAGGUUCAAAUCAUAGAACCAAAAAAUGAAUCAUUAUAAAACUCAGAAGAAUAAUAAUCAGUUAUUGAUAAUCAAUAAGUUGAUUAAGUAUAAACAGAAUAAAUUGAUUAAUAAAAUUAAGAUUAAGAUAUUUCUAAUUUAUCAUCUGAGGUUGUGAUCAAUAAUAAUGAUUAAGUACUCUAAUAAGAGGAUGUUACAUUUGAUAGUUUUGAUAAUGAUAAUGUAAAUUAAUAGGAGGAAUCACAAUAAGAAAUCUAAACUGAAGAUAUAAAAUUAGAUGAUACUACUAUUUCUUCAAUUAAUGCUGAAGAUAUUCCUCAAUAAUAGGAUGCUAUAGACAUCCAAAAUGAUUAAUUAUCUACUUAAUAAGAAGUUUAACCAAUUGAGGACACUACAUCAACUGACGAUGUUGUUGUUCAUGCAGAUGAAGUUAAAAUUGAAAAUGUGAAGAUUUCAGAAGCAAAUUUGGAUGACAUAAGUACAGAUUAAUAAGUAUAAGAGGAUAAUUCAGAAUAGAUAUAAGAGGAUAAUACAGAAUAAAUAGUAUAAGAUAAUACAGAAUAAACAUAAUAAGAUAAUACAGAAUAAAUAGUAUUAGAUAAUACAGAAUAGUUAUAAUAAGAUAACACAGAAUAAAUAUAAUAAGAUAAUACAGAAUAGUUAUAAUAAGAUAAUACAGAAUAGAUAUAAAAUGAUAAAGAGGAUAAUACAGAAUAGAUCUAAUAAAAUAAUACAGAAUAAAUUUAAGAAGAAAUUCAAGAUAAUAAUAUAAAUAGUGAAAUAAAAGAAUAAUCUGAAGAUAUUUCUGUAGAACCAGAUGCUUUUUCAGAACCUUAAUAAAAAGUAACUUAAAUUAAUGAUGAUUCUCUUAAGUAAGAAUAAGAUAUUGAUGAAAUGAUUAAAUUUGCAUAAGAAUUAAAAGAAUAAGCUAAAUAAUUAAAGAAUAAAAGUAGAAAUGAAAGAUAAUAAGCAAAAUUAGAUAUUAUGGAAUAGGCUAAUAUUUUAGAGAAGGAAGUUGGCAAAUUAGAAAAUGAAAGUGAAGAACCUUAAGUUGUAGAAGAUUAAAUAAGUUUGGAUGUUAAUUCUGCUUAUGAUGAUUAAAAGGAUAUAUAAAUUGAAUAACCUUAGGAAGAAUAAUAGCCCCCCAUCAUCUACUUAAAUGACAGUGGAGUCAAUCCAGAGUAAUAGUUAAUAACAUAAGAUAUCAAAGAUGAUGAUAAACUUAUGAUCUCUGAAAAUUCAUUAUAGGAAUAAGUUGAUUAGGAAUUGCAAUCAUAAGAAUAAUAGGUUGAAACUACAUCUCAAAUUGGAGAAGAAGAUAUAUAAAUUAUUGAUGCUUCCAUUAAAUUAGAUGAAGAUCAUUAAGAAUUAGAAAUAUAUCAAUCUGGUCAAGUUGAAGUCAUUCCUGAAUAAGUUUAACCUGAAGUUGAAAUCAUUUCCGAAUAAGUUUAACCUUAAGUUGAAGAAGUCUAAUAAACUGAAUAACCUCAAGAAUAGAUUGAAGUAGAACCUUAAGAAGAUUAUGUUUAGGAAUAAGAAACAACAAAAGAAGAAGGUGCUAUUGAAAUUGGAUUAACAACAGAUGAAGGUGAAGCAUUUAUUAGAAAACCUAAGAAGUCUGAUUUCUUAAGAGAAAAAUAAAGAUUAAAAGAUAAAUUAAAUAAUGUUAUUAAAGAUUUUAAACUAGACUCUGUUGAUAGUAAUACUUUAGAUUCUGUAGUUGAGGGGGAUAAAUAAUAUUCUUUAAUUAUUGAUAGAUUAGAUGUUCCUGAAAAUAAUGAAUAAGUUAUUGUGUUAAAAGAUGAGGAUUAUGAAUAAAGUCAAAUUGAACCAGAACCAGAAAAAGAAGUUAAAUAACUUGGUGAUUAUUUAGAAGCAGUAGAACCAAAUAUUGAAAAUGUUAAUUUUAUAUAUGAUGAUGAAUAACAAUAGGAAUAAUAAACCAUUUAAAUUGAAGAUAUCAAAUUAAAUGAUGAUAAUACAGAUGAAGAAACUAAUUACAAAAUUGUUGAGGCUAAAGAUGAUGAUCUUGUUGAUACUACAUUAGAAUCUAUAGAUGAUUCAUAAUAAUAUUAAUUAUUAUCAACUGAAGUUGCUGUUACUGCUGAAGAAACAUCUACUGCUAAUGUUGAAAAUUAGAGUGAAGAUGAAAUUAAUAUUUCUUUUGAUGAAUUCCAAAAGGAACUUGAAGUAUUAGCUAAUACUAUUGGUAAUAUCAAAUAAGAAAAUAUAGACACAAAAUAAAAUAGUGACUACAUUGUUGUAAAUGAUAAUAGUUAGAUUUAUGAAGCUACCUAUGAUGAAUAAAGCAAUGAUUUACCAUAAGAAGAUGAACCUUAAAUUUAAGAGGAUCAAUAAAUUUACUAUUAAGGAUUUGAAGAUGAUCAAAAUAAUUCAAUUGAAAUAGAAUAACCUGAAAAUUAAGAUGAAUAAUUGUAAGAAUAAUAAGAAGUUGAAUAAGAAUUUGAUGUUCCAGAAUAGGAAAAUAAUUAAGAAUAAUUAUCUGAAGAUCAAUUUUUAGUUAACGAAUAAUCCACAGAAGAUUCAGCUCAACAAGUUGAAACUUAUGAUGAUGCUGAACCUCAGGAUUAAUAUCUAACCAUAGAUAAUUUAGUUAAGGAUAGUUAAGCUAUUGCAGAAUCUUAUGAUUAGGCACCAUAAUAUUAUGAUGAAUCUGAUAAUGAAUCCAAUGAAUAAUAGAAUUAAAAUGUAGUUGAAAGCUCAUUAGAAUCAGAUUAUGAUAUUUCUGAAUAAUAAUAAUAAAAUUAAGAGAUUAAAGAAUAAUAAAAAAGUGAUAAUGGAUAAUAAUAAUAAUAAGAAUAAGAUUUUGUUGUUAUGAAAGCAGAUUAAUUUAAACCAUAGUUAUAGGAUGAGGUUUAGUAAUAAGAAUAGUAAUCUGAUAUCCAAUAGGUAGAUGACAUCUAUUCAGAAACUCCUAAAGACGAAAAUGAAAUAGAUAUCAUUGUAGAUGUAGGAAAUCAAUAAGAUGAUUAACCUUAAUUAAGUGAAUAAGAUUAUGAUUACGGAGACAAUUUUGAAAUUUAAUAACCUGCUAAAAAUGAUGCUGAAUAAUAAUCAUAAUAGUAAUAAUUAUAAUAAUAACAACAAUAAUAAUAAUAGUAAUAAUAGUAAUAAUAGUAAUAAUAAGAUUAAUAGUAAUAAUAAUAAUAAUAAUAAUAAUAAUAAUAAUAAUAGUAAUAGUAAUAGUAAUAGUAAUAGUAAUAGUAAUAAUAGUAAUAGUAAUAGUAAUAAUAAUAAUAAUAAUAAUAGUAAUAAUAAUAAUAACAACAAUAAUAACAAUAAUAAUUAUAAUAAGAUUCUAUAUCUAGUAAGAAACAUAAAUAAAAAAUUUAACAUUCAAUUACAAUUUCUCAUAAUCCUUAAGAAAGUAAUAAUAAAUAAACUGAUAGAUCUAUUGAAAUAUAACAUGAAGAUAAAUCUCUAAAAAUUGAGCAUCCUGUUAAUUAAGAAGAAUUAAAGAAAGAUUUGAAGGAAUAAUUAAAAUAAGAACUCAAAGAAGAAUUAAAAUAAGAAAUAAAAUAGGAAAUAUAAGAAUCACACAAUAGAAGAAAAUCUCCUAGUCUUGUUAUAGAAGAUAAUGUAGCUAAAGAUCCAGAAAGACCUGCUUAAAAAGCCAUAAACAAUUUUAACAAUCUACUAAAUGAUGUAGUAGAUGAGACCUUAAAAGAAGAGGAUAAAAAACACUAUUAGAAAUUACCAAUAGUAGAUGUAAAGAAAGAGUCUUUUAAUAAAGUAGAACCUAAGAUUGAAUAAGGAAUUGAAGACCUAAAGAAAGCAUUAGGAUUAAAAGGAGGAGUAGAAGUUGUUGAUAACAAUGGUAAGAAGCAAGUCAUUAAUGUUGAUGAUCUUAAAAAAGAAAGCGAGAAAUUGUUAACUCGUCCAGAAAGAGAUAAUAAAAAUGAUAGCCCUUAAUAUGAAGAAUUUUUGAAAAAAGUAACUGAAAAACCAUAAACAAACAAUAAUGAUUAAUUUAAAAAUUAUGAAGAAUAACAUAACAUAAGAAAAUAAGAAAUUUUAGAGAAUAUAAAGAGAGAGUUAGAAAUAAAGAAAGGUCAUUUCACAGUUCCAAAUGAUUCUCCUCAAGGUAUAAUAUUAUAUUAUGAUAUAAGCAGAGUUAUCACCUUAUGAAUUCGAGAGAGUUUAUUUGGAUUGGGAAAAGAACAAAUAGGAUAUCAUACCAAGCAUGCUCUAACAUUCAAUAGAAUAACCUAUUACUUAAGAAAUGCAUUCUAAUUCAGAAGUAGUACAAUAGAAAUCUAGUGAGAGAGUUUCUAGAAAAGAAGAAGUGGAGAAGGAAGUUUAAGAAUUACUUUAUGGAAAUCAAAAGAAUAGGAAAUAACAAUCAAAAUAAUCUUCAAAAGGUUAAUAUUUAUUAUUAUAAAUUUAAGAGUUUAAAGUGGAAGAUUUGAAAUAUAUAAAGGAUGAUCCACUUUUGGAUGCCACUUAUAGUGGAUUUUUAUAAGUGAAAGCAAACUUAAGAAGAAGAUAACAGUGAU